AUGGCUGUACCAAAAAAACGCACCUCUAAAUCAAAAAAACAAAAUCGUAACAAUGUUUGGAGGAAAAAAGCGUAUUGGGCCGCAGCAAAAGCUCUUUCUUAUGUUAAGAGUGAGUAUAUUUAUUCUGAGCUUGAGCUUUACGGUGAUGGUGAUUGGAAGAUAUUCCCUGCAGCUAAUUCACCGGGAAGAAAACCCGAGGGUUUUCUUUCUUCCACAGCAUCCUCCAUAGCAGAGGAAGAGGAUAAGCGGGAACGAGAACAAAGAGGAUGA